UGUGCGCCGAUCAAAUCGGCCACAAUCUAGAGUUGGGAGGGUUCCAGUCCAAAUCAUUGAAGGUGGCGACGCGUUAAUUCCAACCAGAAGAACUUGAUAGUCUGAAUGAAACACCUUAUGCCGGCGGGAUUAAUUCCGGCAAUGUCGAUCAUUCGCGCGCUUUUCUUCGUCUGUGUUCUUCACUCAGUAGUAACGCUUCAAGUUUCAGCUCAAAGAUCUACUAAAAAAGCCUCUGCAUGGCAGACCUUAAGUGGGAAAGAGCCUUUAAUUAUAGCAAGAGGUGGACUUUCAGGUCUGUUUCCUGAUUCCAGUUUUGCUGCGUACGAUACGGCAAUGAGGACAAGUGUACCCAAUGUUGUUCUUUGGUGUGAUGUACAAUUGACAAAAGAUGGAAUAGGAAUCUGCUUGCCUGACUUAAGGCUAGAUAAUGUUACUAGUAUUGAAUUUGCUUCACCAAAUAUGAGCAGCACUUACCUUGUCAAUGGGGUUUCAACGGAAGGAUGGUUUUCCGUGGACUAUGACAUGGACUUCCUGCAAAAAAAUAUCUUCUUAACUCGGAGUAUUGAUUCCCGAACGGAUAGAUUUGACGGCAAUAUGUAUCCUGUCCUAGCCGUUGAAGAUGUGGCAUCACAAAAUAAACCCUCGGGCUUCUGGCUGAAUGUUCAGCAUAAUUCAUUUUUCACACAGCAUAAUUUGAGCAUGAGAAGCUAUGUGAUUUCAGUGUCAAAGAGAGUUGUAGUUAAUUAUAUCUCAUCACCAGAAGUUGGUUUCCUAAGAGGUAUAGCAGCACGAUUUAAAACAAGCAAGACCAAACUGGUAUUCCGUUUUCUUGGAGCAGCAGAUACCGAGCCUUCAACAAACCAGACUUACGGUUCACUUUUGAAGAACCUUACUUUUAUCAAGGUGUUUGCCUCUGGGAUUCUUGUUCCUAAGAGCUACAUCUGGCCUGUUACUGCUGGUUACCUAUUACCUCAUACAUCUGUUGUUUUGGAUGCUCAUAAGCAAGAACUGGAAGUUUAUGCGUCAGAUUUCGCAAAUGAUGCAACUUUCAGCUACAACUACAGUUAUAAUCCACUGUCUGAAUAUCUGUCAUUUGUUGACAACGGCAACUUUUCUGUUGAUGGCGUUUUGUCAGAUUUCCCUAUAACUGCAUCAGCAGCCAUAGGUUGCUUUGCUCACAUGAACAAUAGGAGCUCUGGACAAGACACUCCUACAGUUAUAUCACACAAAGGAGCUAGUGGAAUGUUCCCUGGUUGUACUGAUCUUGCAUAUAACCAAGCCAUUGCUGAUGGUGCAAAUUAUAUUGACUGUUCUGUUCAAAUGACAAAAGAUGGAGUCCCUGUUUGCUUAAGAUCUAUAAAUCUUUUAGACGGAACAGAUGUUGCUCAAUCAGCCUUUGGCUCUCUCUCUGUUAUCAUUCCAGAGAUUCAAGAAAACCCUGGAAUCUUUACCUUCAAUCUAACAUGGGAAGAAAUUAAAAUCUUGAAACCGGUAAUAUCAAACCCGUCUUCUGAUUACCAGCUCUUCCGGAAUCCAGCAAAUAAAAAUGCAGGAAGUUUCGUCUCAUUGGCUGAAUUUUUAGCGUUGGCGUUGAGCAAGCCACUUUCUGGUGUCUUAAUCAACAUAGAGCAUGCAGCCUAUCUUGCAGAUAAGCAAGGUUUAGGCAUCACUGAUUCCAUCAUUGAUGUUUUAAACAAAUCUGGUUACAAGAACGAAACGACCCAAGAAGUUAUUAUCCAGUCCACGAAUAAAGCAGUCCUGACCGCGUUUAAAUCACAAUCAAGGUACAAGCGCAUGUACAUGGUGGAUGAGGAUAUUAGCUUCAUCGAUGACUCAUCCAUCAAAGACAUAAAGAGCUUUGCUGAUUCUGUUGCUAUCGGCAAAGAAUCUAUCUUUCCUAGUGAGCUGCUCUUCCUGACUGGUUCCACUAAAGUUGUCCCUAGGCUGCACUCUUUUAAUCUCUCAGUGUAUGCGUAUCUGUUUAGAAACGAGUUCGUAUCUCAGGCAUGGGAUUUCUUCUCCGACCCAAUUGUGGAGAUCAACUCUUAUGUUAUGGGAGGUGAGAUUGAUGGAGUCAUCACCGACUUCCCCGCUACUGCUGCAUCAUACAAAAAGUCUCGGUGUUUAACGGGCAAAACAUCGCCACCUUACAUGAUGCCUGCUAAACCUGGCCAACUCUUGGAACUCGUCACCGCCCAAUAUUUGCCACCAGCUGAGGCUCCAAACCCGAUCUUGACGGAUGCUGAUGUAUCAGAACCACCUUUGCCUCCUGUUUCAAAGAAAGGAGCUAGCAGUGCGCCAACCCCAUCUAAAUCAAAUGCCUAUAUAGGGAAGAUGACAGGGUUUUACUUCUCAUGUUUUUCAAUGUUCUCGGCAUCUCUUCUACUACUAAUAGUGAUGUGAAACAUGAACGCAAAUUCCUAUGACAUACCCUGUUCAUAGCCUAUGUAUUCCAUAUAGCCCACAAAAUAUCUUGGGCUUUUCUUCUACUAAUUGAUGUAAUUACCUAAACAAGCCCAUUAUAAUUAUCCCAUAUAACCAAAAGCGAAGAAGUGUUUUUCGGGCACCACCCUUUUUUUUGGUGGGGACUAUCAUGUGAUAAGAAUAUCCAUCCUA